CUGUGUUGGUGUGGACUGCUUGUCGAGCGUCGAGAGUGAAAAGCGGUGCGGCCGCGCUACGAGUGAGAUGGACGGGGCGGUGCUCUAGCGGCGUGUCGGCGCGCGUACUACACAACACGGCAGCUUUCGCCUCGACGUCGACGCGACCACCGGCGCGAAGACUUCCCAAGAGGCGCCCUCGGGGGCGACUUACCGUGGUGUGAAGUGGUGUGGUGACGUGCGGGCGUGCUUCUUCUUACGUGCAGUGAGUGUUGGUCGAAGUUUGUUUUAAACAGAGGCGGCCAGCCGGCCACCAACUUCGAAGUCGUCAUGUGUUCGGCGGCUUACGAGCUCGGAGCCGUGCGGCUCGAGAUCAGGCCGUUGCGGCCGUUCAAGUCGAGCGAGGAGUACCUGUGGGCCAUGAAGGAAGACUUGGCCGAGUGGAUGAACACGUUGUACGGCCUCAAGCUGACGCCCGAGACGUUCUUCGAGUCUCUAGACGACGGCGUCACGUUGUGCCGUCACGCGAACAAGGUUCUCGAGGCCGCUAGACGCGAGGGCCGGCUGGCCGCGCUCAAGCUGCCCGAUCGAGACGUCGUGUACCGCGCCGACGUCCAGCGCGGUACCUUCCAGGCUCGCGAUAACGUCUCCAACUUCAUCGCGUUCUGUCGCGCGCUCGACAUCAAGGAGUGCCUGCUGUUCGAGACCGAGGACCUUGUGAUGCGCAAGAACGAACGCAGCUUCAUACUGUGCCUUCUCGAGGUUGCUCGAAGGGGAGCUCGUCUCGGCAUGCUGGCGCCGCUGCUCGUGCAGUUCGAGCAGGAGAUCGACGCCGAACUCGAGCACGAGUGCGACUCUGACGAUGAGCCGCCGCCGCCGAGGCCGCAGAUCAUCACCAACGACUUGCGAUCGCUUCACGAAAGGCCUUUGUUCUUCCUCUUCGCCUUCUCCUCCUCUCGGAGCUGGCGCUACAAGCUGGCCAAUAGGGCGAACCGGCCACGGCCCCGGUCAAGGUCAAAGGUCGUGGACCUGCUGAACAGGUGUACCUGCCCGUCCCAGUUCCCGAUGAUUCGCGUCGCGGACGGGAAGUACAGGAUUGGAGACACCAAGGUGCUCAUCUUCGUACGGAUACUCCGCAGUCACGUGAUGGUGCGCGUGGGCGGCGGAUGGGACACGCUGGAGCACUACCUCGACAAGCACGACCCCUGCAGGUGCAGAUCAGGCCACAGGACAUCGACAUCAGCGAAGCUGACCAUGACUGCCGGGAAGGGUGGCAGCCCAACCAUGCAGGUCACAUACAAUAGACCUCCCGCACCAAGCUACUCUUACGGCAGCACGUCGCCGCUGAUGUCACACAGGGGCCUGCCGCACAACAACUCGCUGACUGGCGACCACGACCGAGACCUGACCCCGUCGAGGAUAUCCCAUUGCAGCGACGACUCGACAAGCUCGAGCAGCGGCGGUGCGGUAGUGCCUGCCGACAGCAGUAGCGAGACGUCCGAAGGCGAGUUCGCCAAGACGCCCGGCGGAUCCCGCAAGUGCUCGCCGCGGAAGAUUGCCAAGACCGGAAACGUCACACCCCAGCCGGGAGAGUUCGGAAACACCAACGGCUCCCCGUGGAAGAUGACGCCGCCGGAACGACCCGACUCGGCGGGAGGACGGUCGCACGACGUCGUCGACAGCGGCGCGGCGUCAGCGGAUGAGAGCUACGCGUCGUCCGCUUCGCCCUCCGCCUCUCCCGCCAAGACGAACGGAACGACCUCGUCUCCGAGGCAUUCGAUAUCUGGCGUUGGGUCCAGGCAGACUCCUCCGCCACCCUCUGCCAAGUCCAGGAUUCCCUACCUCGCCGCACCCCACCGGGCCACGAGCACGGAGAAUCUGACCGCAAACGGAACGACGUCGCCUACUCCUCAACACCACCAGCAGCAACAAAUGUCCAAGCCGACGACCAACGGGAGGGUCCGACAGUCGUCCACUCCCCCCAACCCCAACGCGAGACGUCGUUCGGUGGACGCUGGUCUGGCCACUCUGCCCCGGUCCAGGUCUCACAGCAGCGAAGGGAGCAUGACCGCUGACAAGGCCUUCCUCACGCGAGGCGUUCCGGGUCGCUGCUCGUGGAGGAGUCCGCCUCCGGUCCGGACCUCGCCGCGGUCCGGCGCCGGCUCGGACGGCAACAAGACCUGGGCCUUCCGGCAGCGCGGUUCCUCGAGACCGGCCCUGACGCCGGACCUCUUCACUGAACCCGGCUCCAAGAGAAGCGCGGUCCACUCGAGCCCGACCAAGUCGCAGCGGCCCAACGUGAUAUCACCCCUGCUGCAGGAGCUGCUGCGCGAGAAGGACCUUGAUUCGGACGACAAGAUCCUGAAGAAGAUGGAGUUCAUCGUCAACCACUACCGUUCGCGACUGGACAAGGGCGAUUGCGGUGAAGCCAACGGCAGCUCCACCCUCCCGAAGGCCUCCCACACUGCACCCACGUCACCCGACAGCUUCUGCAGUCCUCCGUGCCGGAGGCGGGGCUCCAAGAUACCCAUGGCUACUUACUACGACAGGGACUAAUUCGUGCUGUCUCUUUGAAGACUCGUGUGCUUAGAACUGGCAUCCGCCUCGGGGUGUACCGAAAGAUCAUCGGUGCCAUAACGGGUUCGGGGCAGUUCGAAGGAAAAAAAGCGUUGAUUGCCCGCACUUUUGGCCCUCACCGACAGGCUGGAAUGCCACUGUCGAGGAUUGCUUUCCUCCUGACAAGAGGAUAAGUUGUUAGAUGAUGCACCUUGCCGCCGCUUUAUGGUCUGUUACGUAGAGAGUGACGACACGAUUUUACAGUCAUAUAGCUACGGUUCUUGCGUUGUCGUGCGAGUUGCGGAGUUUAUUGACAACGGGCAGUCUGCACUGACUGCGGGAGACAUCUUUACUCUUGAAUUUGGCAUCGCAACGACGGUUGCAUAACGUGUAGGUAGCACGUGAGACCCCACCUUUAAUCACAGCGAUAGUUAACUGGCAACAACUCCACCUGUUGCAUGACGCAGAACUGAAAGAAGAAAAAAAGCGGAAGAAAGGCACGCGUUAUUGUUUCGGGUGCAUUUGCUGCUCGGAGCUUACGUUUUGUUUGACGAGAUCAAACUUUUAUAUAAAGCGUUACCUGAAGCGAGGCUCGUACGAACGUAGCAGCAGUCGUGCGAGUUUGAGUCUUGAGUGCCAGCCUGAACUAGUGACAGUUAGAGUCACUGACAUGGUCAAAAAUGUAGGGAUGAAAUGAAACAUAGUAUAACACAAUCGUAUAAUAAAUGCGCUCAGGAGCUUUUCAACCAUAAAUGCUACAGAUUAACAAUGUAGCUAUAUUUUUCAGAUCUAUUUUACCUGGCACGACCGAACGCAGCAGUAUAAGAACUGCGUUUUCGGUUGCGCCUUCGCGUUAGUACAGGGAAAGCUAGACGCAAGGAGCAGACAGAGUGAAAGGUGUGUAGCGAGAACACGUUUAGGAAUAAGUAACAUGGCAUUUAACGGAACAGUGCAUUCGCGACCUCUUUGAAGGUCAUUUUGCUGCCUGGUUUGAGCUAGUAACUGCUGCCUAUACCGCCCCAAGCGGGUGGGGUGGGGCGGGGCUUGGUCCAAAAUGUGCUUUCUUUUGAUGUAUUUUGUUUGGGAAGAGUGCCAUGCAUGAUGUAUGUGAAGAGUUGACGAAGAGUGUUUGUAUAUUUGUUUUUUUCUUGCUUUCGCCGAGGCAGCAAGACAAAUGGCAGCGAGCUUGUUUUGCUCUUUUGUUUUGUUACACGAUUCUCAUAUCCAUUAUCUCUGUGUUCACGCGAGCAGCUGAUUUUAUCGUUUAUUUUUUUCAUCUGUACAGCGCUGCAAUCGGCAACCACAUCUGACCCGGGCGCACAUCUUGAAACGGCUCGGAAGUAGCGCAUCUCUUGACGGAUGUCCGCUUUCGUUGCUUCCUCUAGUCCGCAGGAUAUGGAACACAGGUGUGCACGCGCUGGCUUUCCUUCGAAACCAACAACCUAACUAAAUGUGGCUAGUACGAGGCUUCCAUGUUUGCUGGCUCUUACGCAUCCCUUUAUUGCUCUAGUAGAAUUCUAUUUACAGGCGCCAGACGCGAAAAGGAGCAGUGCCUGAUGGUAGGUUAUCGAAGUCUGCAAAUAAGGACAUUGACGGAAAAUCAGCAUGUUUGUAGAUGCAAAUGUUAGGAAUACGUAAGGGUUCUUUGGAAAGAUGAAAACUUCGAGGCAUCGAACAGUGGCCCAAGAAAAAGGAGCUUCAGCGUGCUCUGCACUGACUGCG